AUGCAUAUGGGUCCUUCUAAAUCCCUCUUCCUCCGCCUCGCCCGUUCGUCUUCCAUCUCCGUUGCCGAGCCGCCGUCGCGUCGGGCGAUCUCCGUUCUGGUCGCGAAUUUCUCUUCUACUAAUGUAACCUCCGGCUCUGUCUCCGGUUUGAGGCGUCAUCAUCACGACGAGGAAUCUCGGGGUGUUAGGGUUUCGGUGUGGUGGGAUUUGGAGAAAUGUCAAUUCCCGGCGGAUACGAACGUCUUCAAAGUAUCUCAGACCAUCACAUCCGCCGUGAGAUUCAACGGAAUCAAAGGACCCAUCACGAUUACCGCCUUCGGAGACUUAUUGCAGCUUUCGAGAACAAACCAGGAAGCUCUCUUCGCCACCGGAAUCAGUUUCACUCAUGUCCCUCAAGGUGAGGAGAACAGUGUUGAUAGAUCUCUGAUUACGGAUUUGAUGUGUUGGGUUACUCAAAACCCACCUCCUGCUCAUAUCUUCCUCAUCUCUAGCAAUAGAGAUUUAGCUAGCCUCUUACACAGAUUGAGGAUGAAGAACUACAACAUUUUGCUCGCCUGCAACGAAGAAGCUACGUCCGGUGUAUUGUGUAGCGCUGCUUCGAUUAUGUGGGAUUGGAAUGGUUUAGUUAGAGGAGAAAAUUACACUGGUAAACACUUUAACCAGCCACCUGAUGGUCCUUAUAAUUCUUGGUAUGGUCACUAUAAAACUCCUCUUCUUGACCCAUUUGCCACAUCUUGUACUAGUGUGAAAACCGAAGAAUUGCGCGAAUCGAAUUCAAAUCCUUAUUCGGGUUCUUCUAAGGUUUGUGGUCCUAUCCCAAAAGAAGUUGUUAAGCAGAUUGGUUUGAUAUUGAGUUUAUAUCCUAAGGGAGCAUCCAUUACACAACUCCGUGAGCAGCUUAGCAAGAGAAAUGUGCCGUUAGAUAAAGACUUUUACGGACAUAAGAGUUUUUUUAGGUUUCUAUUAUCUAUGCCGAAGGUCUUACAGGUUGUUCUUGCGGGAGAUGGUAUGUUUCUUGUUCAUGCUCGUACCCAGGAAAUGGAUAACAAAGCCUCAUUGCCGAAACUAAGUAGCGAGAAUCCCAAAGCUGCGAGUGUGGAAAAGAUGCAUCAGAAGGUAAAACAGAAUGUUGAAGAUGUCAAAGAGGAAUCUCAAUCACAAGAGAGUUCUCAUGAGUCUGUUCCGGUAAUCAGCCAGAUGGAUGUUAAGGCAAAAGACGAACCCGUGAAAGAAAACCAGCUAGCUAUAACUUCCGGGGAUGAUGUUUCUUCUUCGAAGGGAAAAGACGGGUUUUUUAAGAAGCUAAAUAGACUAUGGUUUGGUUCACCGGAGAUGGAACUAGACCAUCGCCAAGGAAAGAAAAGUAUUUCUGGAAAUGGAGACGAAUGGAAAGGCAUUGUAAACGCAGACACUGUAAUAGGUAAUGGAAAAUCUGCGACUCCGGGGAUUUUAAGUCGGGUUCUAAAGAGAUUCGAGUUCAUUUGGGGAACAAAUUCAGAGCUUCGCAAUGCAGCCGCAGCUGAAACUCAAGUAGGUGACAUUUUUGCUAAAGAUUCUUUUUGGAAGGAUGUUGAAUCUUUCAUUAAUUCUCCAAGAGGCUUUGUCGUUGUUUCUCACUCAAUAUCAAGAGACGUGCUGGCAAAGAAUCUCAAGGACGAAGGACCUUCAUCUCUCAAACCGCUCGAUGUAUCCAAAAUGCUUGAUUUAGUAUCUCUGUUAGUAUCAGAGAAGAAAUGGAUCAAAGAGAAUUCUUCUGAUGCUCUACCUUUCAGAGUAACUCGGUUCACCGAAAAAGGAUCGGGUCUUGACCACUCUUGUGCUUCGAGUGGAUUGCGAUCGAUAUUCACGAGUAUGUCAAAAUCGCAGUGUGACGAAGCAGAUGAUGAGAAAAAACCCAAGAACAUUGGUAUAAGCAAGAAACCGUUGGAGAGAUCAAGACGCGAGGUAAUUGAGGAUUGUCAUAAGCUGAUAAAGAAGAUAACAGAGGAAAACCCUGGAGGUUACAACAUGAGUAACUUAAAGAAAGACUUUUUGGAAAAAUUCGGGUACCGUUUAGAUUACCGGAGCCUCGGUUAUCCUAAAUUGCAGUCUUUGAUACAAAUGAUGCCCGAGGCGAGGAUUGAAUCAGGAUACAUUGUUCCUUCGUCAACGCCGGCUCCAUAUGAUUCCACCUCAUCAUUCGAAGAACUUGGUCCAAGGAAGAAGGUUUGGACUCAGAGACUGACGAAGAGGCUUCUUUAA